AUGUCGACAGCUUUACAGAACCCACGCAAUCGAAAUCGGUCCAGACAACAGCAUGCCCCAGGAAGAGGUGGAUAUGCCAGCGCUGUGCAUUACAGGCGAGAAACUCCAGAGCCAGAGCCUUCUCAGACUUCACAGUCUUCAAGUUCUCCAGUACGUGGGAUCUACAGCGAUCCACGUACAGUCAUGAUUUUAUGCAGCUUCGUGGGCACACAAACAACAGUGAAAACAAGAAAUGGGGACAGAUAUAAAGGCCACACAGUUUCUUUCUCAGAGAAGGGAGACAUUGCCAUGAUAGAUGUCAAAGCAGAUGAUGAACACACAAAGAAUCCCAAGCAGUCUGGCCUAAUUAUUACCAAGGAAGAUUUUGUUGUCUGCAAAACAAAUGGAGUUGAUUUUAAAGGUCUUUUCACAUCCUCAGAUUUCACAGACUCAGGAAUAGCAAGUAGGAUGAAUGGCAGCACCGAGACUUCCAUGAAAGAAUUACAGCCUUGGCAGGAUGACGAUGCCCCGGACACGAAUUCUUCCUUUUUAGGCGAAUGUGACGGGUGGGACUCAACUUCCAUGUUCCAAGCAAACAGAGACAAAUUCAAUGUGAAGUCAACAUAUAAUGAGGACUUACUUGACUACACGACUAAACUACCAGACCCAUCAUCUGAGGGCUAUGAAGAGAAGGAAAAGUUUGCCCAGAGGCUUGCAGAGGAAAUCGAACACAGCGAGGUAUACCAGGCCAGAAUAGCAGAAGAGUUGAAGGAUGGCGAUGAAGAGGCACUGUUUUCAGCUGUCCACAGAGGAAAUGAGCCGGGUGCACAUUCAUCUCGACAUCAGGGGUCGAGCGCUGGCAGUGGAAAAAAUAAUUACAUUGCCCCAGCACUGAGAGAAGAAGGUGAACAGACAAUGAGGAAUGAUAGCUACAGAACCCAAGGCCGAGGGCCACCUCAUUCAGCAGGACACUCCCAACAACCACCCCAGCAUUCUCAUCAAAACAUGCAGCAGACAGCAAGACAGAUGAACAACCAGUUCCACAGUUCCCCUCCUGCUGGGGGCCCAAUGAACCGCAGCAUGCAGCAGCACGCACCCCCAGGAGUCUCGCAGCACCACCAGCAACACAGACCCCCGCCACAUCAUCACCAGCAGCCAGUGUCGCCCAGCCAGCACCCUGGCAAGCCUCACCCACCUCAUUCCUAUUCUCAGAAUGCCCCGCCUACAUCCUCCCCAUUAGCAUCUCAGUCACAUCAGCUCCCACCCCAGACCCAGCAUCCGCCUCCACAGAAGCUGGGUGCACAUUACAAGCAGUCGCCCAUCCAGCAGUCUGCCAGUAUUAGAGGGGCAAGUGUCAACGGGCCUUUGGGACCGCCCCCAGUUACUCAGGAUAUUCGGCAAACAGUACCUUUACCUACCAACAAAGAAGCAGAGAAAUGUGCUGAAGUGACCAGUCCAACAACACCCCAGGUUGAGAGCCAGCAGGUCUACCAUCAGAAGCCACCGGUGUUAGGUCCACCACCUGCCUCAAGCUCUGCAGGUGGUCAGAAAGUUCCUGAAGCCCACAUGUCAGCAUCAUCAUCGUCCAGUUCUCUUGUUGAUGCUCAGCAAGUAGGGUCGCACCAGAUUCCUCCUGCAACCCAGGCAGCUCCCGCACCUGACAGACGAGUAGGUCGAGGAGCAGAAACUAGUCCAGAAGAAAGAAACAAGAUAGGGCAGUCUUUACAUGAUUUCCAAAAGAAUUUCAUUUUGGAGUCCAAUGGAGGAACCUCACAAGAACCAGUGAGACAAGAUGGCAUAAUUGACAGCUCUGCUGUGUCUACAUCUCCUACAACUUCCAAUGUGGGAACAACGACAACUACAGCUGCUGCCCCUGAAGCACCAGCACAGCCCACAGAACAGGCAGCAGAAGUCUUGGCUAAAGCAGAAAGUCUGGAGGAGUCUCAGUCAGCACAGAAAUCCAAACUCAAUCCAAAUGCAAAAGAGUUCAAACCAAAAACACAGCCAGUCCAGAUUGAGACUCAGUCUCCCUCUCCACAGCCUCGCAGUUCGCCUCAUAUACAACAAAUGGUGAAUUAUUCUCCACAACAAACAGUUCUAGUUCCAUAUAAUUACAUCAUGGCCAAUCCAUUAAAUGCUCAGAGAAAAAGAGCCACUGUCUCUCUGGGUGCUGGAGUUGAUCUAGCUGCCCAUCAAGUCACCGGACAACCGUUGCUAGCUACACAACCACACAGCAUGAUGUAUUUACAGCCUGCGGGACAAGCUCUGCCUGCAGCCUACCAGUUCUACUCAUCACAGAUGAUCAGCCCUCGUAUGAUGGCCCCUGGCUCACUGUCUAUGGCCCAGGCCGGACAAGUGGCUGGCAUGGAACAAGCAGCCUCACAGCAUCAACCUCAACCUGUCUUCA